AGUAGUCCCACUCCGGGUCCUGAAAAAUUCUCACAGAUAUCUCUCCGGGAAGAAGACGAAUUGAACUCCCCUCCCACCUCUGAAGGGACGCCCGCAUAUCACCAGAUCUCUCGAGGGCGGCGAAAUUAUUGCUGCAGAGUUGCCAGGAAGCGACUCGUCCGUCACUUUCUGCGCUUAUUUGGAAGUGAAGAAGGGACACAGGAUACGGAUCCUAAUGUAAUGGAAAAAGUUUUGGUUGCUGUGAAGGCAUCCAAGGAAAUACCAAAGGCCGCUCUUGUUUGGGCUUUGACACAUAUCGUUCAACCCGGGGAUUGCAUUGCACUUCUGGUCGUUGUCCCUUCACAAAGCUCUGGCAGAAAAUGGAUGUUCCCAAGGUUUGCUGGAGAUUGUGCUCAUGGCCAUCGAAGGACACACAUCGGGACUACUUCUGAGCAGAAAUCUGACAUAACAGAUUCCUGCUCCCAAAUGAUCAUAAAGCUUCAUAACGUUUAUGACCCAAAUAAGGUAAAUGUCAAGAUUAAAAUUGUUUCUGGGUCACCAUGUGGGGCCGUGGCUGCUGAGGCAAAGAGGACUCAAGCAAACUGGGUUGUUUUUGACAAGCAGCUCAAGCACGAGGAAAAAAGAUGCAUGGAAGAGCUGCAGUGCAACAUUGUAGUAAUGAAGCGAUCUCAAGCAAAGGUUCUUCGACUUAAUUUAGUUGGGUCGAGUAAAAAGGAUAGUGAAGCUUCCAGUUCAAUACCUCCAGUGAAAUCUCAAUCAAGUAGUCCAGAGAUAUUCACUGCUACUGAAGGUGACGGUACGCCCUCAGUUUAUAGUUCUGAUCCAGGAACCUCUCCGUGGAUGUCUAACAGCAUAGCCAAUGCACAGUUUCAGUCCUCCCACAACCUGGCUCAAAUCUAUACAGCCAAUAGUAUGCUUGGAAAGUUUUCUAAAACUGAAGAUGAAGGCAUAUUUGCAUCAUCACCAAGCUUUAGGGUUGACUUAGAUUUCACUGGUAAUUUGCGAGAUGCAAUUUCGCUUUCAAGAAGUGCCCCUCUUGGACCUCCUCCCUUAUGUUCAAUAUGCCAACACAAGGCACCCGUGUUUGGAAAGCCUCCUAGGUGGUUCAGCUAUGCUGAGCUGGAAAAUGCGACAGAUGGAUUUUCUCAGGCCAAUUUUUUGGCAGAGGGCGGGUUUGGCUCCGUUUACAGGGGUGUUCUCCCUGAUGGCCAGGUGGUUGCUGUUAAACAACAUAAAGUGGCAAGUUCCCAAGGGGAUCAAGAAUUCUGCUCAGAAGUUGAAGUUCUUAGUUGUGCUCAGCACCGAAAUGUUGUCAUGCUGAUAGGAUUCUGUAUUGAGAAUAGCAGAAGGAUGUUAGUUUAUGAAUACAUCUGCAAUGGGUCUUUAGAUUCCCAUCUAUAUGGAAACAAUGAAAAUCCUUUAUUGUGGUCUUCCCGGCAAAAAGUGGCCGUUGGGGCCGCAAGAGGUUUGCGCUAUUUGCAUGAGGAAUGUAGAGUAGGAUGCAUUGUUCACCGAGACAUGCGGCCCAAUAACAUCCUUAUCACCCAUGACUUUGAACCCCUGGUUGGAGACUUUGGUCUGGCCAGAUGGCAACCGGAUGGAGAUACAGCAGUUGAAACACGGAUACUUGGGACAUUUGGAUACUUGGCUCCUGAGUACACUCAAAGCAGCCAGAUCACAGAAAAAGCUGACGUUUACUCCUUUGGUGUGGUGCUCGUCGAGCUUGUUACAGGACGCAGAGCUGUGGAUCUCACCAGGCCCAAAGGCCAGCAGUGUCUCACAGAAUGGGCCCGCCCACUGUUGGAAGAAUACGCCAUUGAGGAAUUGAUUGAUCCUCGGCUAGCAAACAACUAUGAUGAACAUGAGGUUCAUUGCAUGUUGCAUGCCGCAUCCUUGUGCAUACGCCGCGAUCCUCAGGCAAGGCCUCGCAUGUCUCAGGUGCUUCGCAUACUUGAGGGGGACAUCAUCAUGGACUCGGGUCGAAUAUCGACGCCGGGAGAGAGCAGAAGGAUGUGGGCGGCGGAUGCGUCUCCAUACUUGCAAAGGUACAGCGGCCCUAUGUUAAACCAAGUGCUGGAGGAUUUCUCCCCCAAGCUCUCCUUUGACAUCGUUGAUAAAAUCCCCCGGUGGGAGAUAGAUGAUGUAGGUGAGUUAACCACAACUCCGGUAAAUUAAAAAAAAAAAAAAAAAGUUCCCCCCUCCCGGCGGUAAAACUAAACAACCGGGCAACUCCCACUCCAGCUCCCACUCGGAGGUAGGAUACGUGUAAACGUUUCUUCUAUAUACGGAGUAUUUAGGAUUAGUGCUUGUGCUUUGAGUGCUUUCUGUAUUACGGAGUAUUUAGUUGGAAACGGUUCCUCUUUUAUUUUAUUUUGUUUUCUCAAUUCAAUUUACCUAUUUCAUUUUUAUUCAUUCCAAAAUAUGCACAAUUCCUUUAUUCAAGUCUUUAU